GAGAGAAAUUGAUGAAAGCGGCAAAUUGAGAGUUAGAGACUGGGUUUUAUAUGUGCCCAGACUCGUCGGGUCGGAGCGGGUAAUUUCCGGGUUUUUUUUUUCUUUUUCCUUUUUUUUCCAAAUUUCAUCUCAAUUGAUACAGAGACGACAUCGUUUUGUUGCUUGAUACAGAGACCCAUCGUUUUGUAGUUGAUCGAGUUGAAAAACCCAGAGAGAGUAAAGCAACAAUGGCGGCCCUGCAACUGAACGCUAAGCCCUUCACGCCCCCGCUUGUCUCUUCUCACCCAAGCUCCAAACACUCCUUCAAGCUCGCUAGGGUCAGCUGCUCCGCCGCUGUCGCCGCACCCUCGAAGCGCUACACAAUCACCCUCCUUCCGGGCGAUGGCAUUGGCCCCGAGGUAAUCUCAGUCGCCAAAAACGUCCUCAACCUCGCUGCCUCCAUCGAAGGGAUUGAGUUUAAAUACCAAGAAAUGCCUGUGGGUGGAAGUGCCUUGGAUUUGACUGGAGUGCCGUUACCAGACGAGACCCUUUCGGCAGCUCUGCAAUCCGAUGCGGUUCUGCUUGGAGCAAUUGGGGGGUACAAAUGGGAUAAAAACGAAAAGCAUUUAAAACCAGAAACUGGGUUGCUUAAGCUUCGGGAAGGUCUUAAAGUGUUUGCGAAUUUGAGGCCGGCAGUUGUUUUACCGCAGUUGGUCGAUGCCUCGACUUUGAAGAGAGAGGUCGCGGAAGGGGUUGACCUUAUGGUUGUAAGAGAGCUCACUGGUGGCAUCUACUUUGGACAGCCAAGGGGUUUUGGCACCAAUGAAAACGGUGAGGAGAUUGGUUUCAAUACCGAGGUGUAUGCUGCCUAUGAGGUUGAUCGUAUUGCUCGAGUUGCAUUUGAGACCGCUAGGAAGCGGCAGGGAAAGCUCUGCAGUGUUGACAAAGCAAAUGUCUUGGAGGCAUCAAUGUUUUGGAGAAAAAGAAUCAUGGAAAUAGCCUCGGAAUAUCCUGAUGUUGAACUCUCACACAUGUAUGUCGAUAAUGCUGCAAUGCAACUUGUUCGUAAUCCAAAACAGUUUGAUACAAUUGUAACAAACAACAUUUUUGGCGAUAUAUUAUCUGAUGAGGCAUCAAUGAUUACUGGAAGUAUUGGGAUGCUUCCAUCUGCGAGUCUUGGAAAAUCAGGUCCUGGACUUUUUGAACCUAUACAUGGUUCGGCUCCUGAUAUUGCUGGACAGGAUAAGGCAAACCCAUUAGCAACGGUUCUCAGUGUUGCUAUGCUUUUGAAGUACGGUCUAGGAGAAGAAAAUGCUGCCCGGAGAAUUGAGGCAGCAGUUUUAGAUACCUUGGACCGGGGGUUUCGAACGGUUGACAUCUAUUCAUCUGGAACGAAGUUGGUAGGAUGCAAAGAAAUGGGUGAAGAGGUAUUGAAGUCGGUUGAUUCUCGAGUUCCUUCUCCCAUAUGAAGUUAGUCCCGUGCCAAUCUAACAUGAUCUGGAGAGUAUGGAGCCAUCCUGAGCAGAAACAAUCUUCUUCCGACGAAAGUUUUUUCCUCUUCUUUUUUCUUUUCUAUUUUUGUAAUAUUUUUUUGAUAAUUUGAAAGGACUGUUUUAUCGCUUUUCGAUUUGCAGCUCCAUUUGCUUGAGGUGAAAUAAACCAUUUUCAUUUGUGCC